CCUCUUAAUUUGCUCGAAAGAGUCUGGGGAUUCUUUGUCAAAAUUUAUAGUUUUAAACAAAUUUAAGCUUAACCUUUAGCAUGAUGAUGACGCCUGUGAAAUGGUACUUACUGUACGUGACCGGGUCCCUGAACAGGGCCAACACAUACGUCCAGAAAUACACCGAGGAAUCGGAACGACGCGGCGUGGUGGCAAUGUCGUGUUCCUGGGCGAAGAGCCCCAGGCCAAAAAUCUCACCCAUGGCAUCGGAAAUGAGUUUGCCACUGAAGGCCAAGAAGAGAAGCAUACGCCGAAGCACCGGGAAGAAAUUGUCAAAGAAGAUUAAGGCUACUAAAACCGUUCCAGUAAAUACCUGCUCCUCAGGGGCCAGAGUAGACUCACCUAGCAUUCCAGACUCUCCGCAAAUGCGGGAGUUCUUUGCCGAAGUGCGUCAGCGGCAGCUUAGGGACUACUAUCUUCGGAUGAAGGCCGGGGAGAGAUGUUCGAGGGCUCCCGCUGUUUGUCCCAACUGGGAGCCUUGUUCUCAUAAUAUCUACUGCUCGGGCGCCAAGAGCAUGAAGAAAAUACAAAAUAAAACUAUGAACAAGGCUUGUAAUAGAUAUGGGGAUUCUGCCUGGCGAUAGAGCUCCUUCCUCGCAGGUCUACACUUAGCACUGAGUGAAGGCGGCUCUAUUGCCAUGUAAAGAGAUCUAGGUAUUCUUAAUUUCCUAAAAACAAUUGAA